AUGGCUGACGUGGUGAAUGUAAAUGAUGACGAUGAAGCACGCCGAAAUGAAAUCAGAACAAUGAUUGUGGAAGAAGUAGAGAAAGCGAUUGAAGCUAGUAAUUCCCGACUAGCUCAAGAGGUGGAAGGUCAAGUAUUGGGAGUAGUCGAUACUCUAGUAACGUCCAAGGUGGAAGAACUAAAGGAGAUGAUUAGUGAACUGCAAACAAAGAAAAGCACUCGAAGGGCACAUACAAGGAAUUCAUGGCAUGAUUGGUGGGACGCACAUUCAAAGGAGUUGGGGGAUGACAAAGUACAAACGUUAACAUGGCAAGAGUUCAAGGAGCCAUUUCUGAAAUAUCAUAGCCCACAAUCCGCACUUGAUAAGAUUCAAGAGGACUUCUUACGUCUUCGACAAAAGGAUGAAACGAUUGAUGAAAUAACAAAUAAGUUCUUCGAGAAGGUGAAGUUUUGUGGGGAAAUAAGGGGGACUGAGAGGUUGAAAAUCAUACGUUAUCAUGCUAUGUUAAAGGCUGAAUAUCGGGAGUUCGUAAAUCCCUCGAAAUGUGCAACGUUGAACGAAUUAAUCGACCGGGCAAGAGAUAGGGAAAUUGAGAUAAAAAGGCAAGUUGAAAGGGGGGAGAAAAGGGUGGCGGAGAAGUCUACCAACACAAACCCAUCGAAAAAGGGAAGAUUUCAAGACCAAAACAGGAAAGGGAAAACAAGUAGUGGAAUUCCGACUUGCAAGACAUGUGGGAAGCAUCAUUUGGGUGAAUGUCUGUCGGGGAAGAAGGGGUGCUACAAAUGUGGGCAAGAGGGACAUCUGUAUUAUAGGUGCCCCGAAAAUCCAAAAGCGUGUUACAAUUGUAAUCAAACGGGACACAUUAAAGCGGAAUGUCCGAAACUCCAACAAGAGGCAAAGAAAGAUGGAAAGAAGGAUGAGUCUUCCAAGGCUCGCAGGAGGACGUUUCAGUUAACCUCGGAUGAAGCUAAAGCUAGCCUGGAUGUGGUUUCAGGUAUAUUCUUGGUUAAUUCUAUGCCUAUGAAUGUUUUAUUUGAUUCCGGGGCUAGUAGGUCGUUCAUUUCUAAUGAAUUGUUAGUUCAUCCAUCGUUUAAGCUUGAAAAGAUGUUAGUACCCUUAGAAGUGGAAGUUGCUGAUAGUAAAAGCUAUUUGUUACAUGAUGUUUGUAGAAACUGUAAGAUCUUAAUCGAAGAUGAGGAAUUUAGUAUAGAUCUUGUUCCGAUGUACAUGGGGGAAUUUAAAGUAGUUGUAGGAAUGGAUUGGUUAGCCCAAAACCACGCAGAAAUUCAAUGCGAAAAGAAAAUCAUUCAUAACGGAGGUAAGGCGUAUCUAUCUUAUGUGAUUGACACCAAUCGAGGUGUUCCAAAGCUUGAAGAUGUGAAUGUAGUGAACGAAUAUCCGGAUGUGUUUCCGGAAGAUUUACCAGGGCUUCCGCCCGAACGGGAAGUAGAGUUCAAAAUAGAGUUAACCCGGGUGCAAAGCCGGUAG